UGUGUUACUGGUGUCAUUUCCAUCCUGUGUAAUCCCCAAUCCCGCUGUUCCUCUGUGAAAUCCUUUGUCAGUCUCAGCCAGGCCAUGCCACUAGCCAGGAAGCUUCAACACAUUUACCACUUUUAACCACUCUUUUCUUUACCAGGAGUGUGUGUGUACGCGAGGAUGAGUUUGUGUCAGUCCUGGUGCUCCUGUAUGGAUGUGUAAGUGUGAUGGCGGACCUGAAUACAGUUGUAUAGCGGGCAGUGGAUUAAGCUUCAGGUGGCCAUGUCCUCGCGGGUCACACCCCUCGUCCCUCCCAAGAUCCUCUUGGAGGGAGACGAGGUCACCAUUGGCAGCACAGAGGAGAUAACGAACCCGCAGUGCUGUGGUGCUCUAUUUAAUGUCAACAACAGCAACAACAAUGAAGAGGAAGAGAAGAAGGAAAAGAAGAAGAAAGAGAAGAAAGAAAAGAAAGAGAAAAAGGAGAAAAAGGAAAAGAAAGAAAAGAAAGAAAAAAAGGAGAAGAAGGAGAAAGAGAAGGAAAAAGAGAAAGAAAAGGAAAAGGAGAAAGAGAAGGAAAAGGAGAAAGAGAAGGAAAAGGAGAAAGAGAAGGAGAAAGAGAAAAAAGAACAGCCGAAGGAGAUCACAGUCAUCGAUCCUGCGGGAAACACUUACUAUAACUGGCUGUUUGUCAUCACCUGUCCUGUCAUGUAUAACUGGGUACUCAUUAUUGCCAGAGCCUGUUUUGAGGAGCUGCAGCACGAUUAUUUAAUAUACUGGUUUAUUCUGGACUUUGUGUCAGACUUGGUUUACGUGGCAGACAUGGUCUUCAGGACUCGAACAGGGUAUCUGGAGCAAGGCCUGUUGGUAAAAGAUGAAAAGAAACUCCGGGAACGCUACAUGGUCAGCCUACAGUUCAAGUUGGACCUCAUCUCCAUGAUCCCGACAGACCUCCUGUACGUCCUCGUUGGAUUGAAUUACCCUGAGAUCCGGAUGAACAAACUGUUCCGGGUCAACCGGCUCUUCGAGUUCUUCCAGCGCACAGAGACCAGGACGAACUUCCCCAACGUCUUCCGUAUCUCCAACCUGGUCAUGUACAUCGUCAUCAUCAUUCACUGGAACGCCUGCCUGUACUACUCCGUCUCCAAGGCCAUGGGCUUCGGGAGUGACCGCUUCGUCUACCCGGACCCGUCCAACCCUGAGUUCGGCCGUCUGAUCAGAAAGUAUGCCUACAGCAUGUACUGGUCCACCCUUACCCUCACCACCAUUGGUGAGACUCCGCCCCCCGAGAAGGAUGCAGAGUUCUUUUUUGUAGUUACAGAUUUCCUGGUGGGCGUGCUCAUCUUUGCCACCAUCGUCGGUAACGUGGGCUCCAUGAUCACCAACAUGAAUGCGGCCCGGGCCGACUUCCAGGCCCGCAUUGACGCCAUCAAGCAGUACAUGAGCUUCCGCAAGGUCACAACGGACCUGGAGAAACGUGUCAUCAAGUGGUUCGACUACCUGUGGACCAACAAGAAGGCGGUGGAUGAGCGGGAGGUGCUGAAGUAUCUGCCAGACAAGCUAAGGGCGGAGAUUGCCAUCAACGUUCACCUGGACACACUAAAGAAAGUUCGGAUCUUCGCUGACUGUGAGGCGGGGCUGCUGGUGGAGCUGGUGCUGAAGCUGCAGCCGCAGGUCUACAGCCCUGGAGACUACAUUUGCAAGAAGGGCGACAUCGGCCGAGAGAUGUACAUCAUCAAGGAGGGUAAACUCGCUGUGGUCGCCGACGACGGAAUCACGCAGUUCGUCGUCCUGAGCGACGGAAGCUACUUCGGAGAAAUCAGUAUCCUCAACAUCAAAGGCAGCAAAGCCGGAAACCGCAGAACCGCCAACAUCCGCAGCAUCGGUUACUCUGACCUGUUCUGCCUGUCCAAGGAUGACCUGAUGGAGGCGCUGACGGAGUACCCGGAAGCCAAGUCCAUGCUGGAGGAAAAGGGACGGCAAAUCCUCAUGAAGGACAACCUGCUGGACCUGGAGGUGGCGAAGCAGGGUCCUGACCCCAAAGACAUGGAGGAAAAGGUGGUCAGGAUCGGGUCAGUGCUGGAGGACCUGCAGACACGCUUUGCCCGCCUGCUGGCCCAACACGAGGCCGUCCAGAGCCGACUGAAGAGACGCGUCACCAAACUGGAGACCAAAAUCACCGUCUCCACCGGGGUGGUCCUCUCUGAGAUGGUCCAACCAGAACAGGCUGAGCUGCCCCCUCCACCCCCAGCAGAGGAGAAGAAAUAGUGGAAGAACAGAUAGUAGAAGAAGAAAGAUGAUGAUGAAGAGCAGAAGAAGCUGUGUGGUUGUGGACUUCCUAUUGUGUGAAUUGAGUGGCUUACAGAGGAGAGGGUUCAGCUCUGGAACUGGAGCAGAAGAAACCUGUUCCUACCAAGAUCCAGUUGAAGAAAAGCCAAGCUUAUCUUUAUUUUUUACAGAAGAAGGGAAGACUAGAGGUGCAUUUCAUCUUAUGCAGCGUUCGGCCCCUCACAAACACAGCGUGAGAAUAGAACCUUAUUUUAUUUGUGUUUAUUUUAUUCAAAUUCAUGUGAAACUCAGGUUCUCAUGUAUUUCCUGGACUCUAUCUAGCAGAUAUUGAAUUUUAAUAGAGCUACUGGUAUUAAAAUCAGUUACUUUGUAAGAUCUUAAAGGGCCCAUAUAAUUCCAUUUAAACAAACAUUUAGAUAAAAUGUAUAAACAUGUUUACUAUUUAUUCUUAUUACUUAUUUAACAUUCACUGCUUUUGAUGUCAUAAAAUGCAUACCUUUUCCUAUAUAUUUCCUUUUUCUAUAUAUUUGUUUACCGCAGUUUAUAGCCUCUAAAUACACACUGACAUUAUAUCUAGUGGGCUGCUUUCUGCUUUCUGAAUCAGGUUCAGAUGUUCAAACAUUGGUCAUUUACAUAAAACAUUUACAUGAUCUCACAGAAUAAGAUUGAUGAUAACAUAUGGAUCUUGGACUGAGAACUGCCAUUACUAUAUCAGUAAUUCUAAUUCUAGUAUCAUCCAAACAGAUCAAAGAUUUUUAUUUGUUGUAUAAAAGUUAAUAUAAUUAAAUAAAAGUUAAUACAUUUUAAAAAAUAAAAUACCAGAAGAAAAGGAACAAUAAGGAUAAGGGCCCUUUAAGGUGCAUUUUGUCACGCAUACAUGUUUCAUCUUCAAGAAGUCUAUUAUUAUGAGUCAAAACAUACAUUUUAGACUGUUGUUCAUAUGUAUAUAUGUACAUUUAUAGUUGUAGCUAAUUGUUUUAGGGCUACUGUUUAGGCUGACAGGAUUAAAGGUGCAUUAUGGCACAUGGUUGAAUUCAGGCCCUUGUAGGCCUGUUUUAAAGUCUAGCAAAGCCAAAGAACAUUUAUUAUUCUCUUCACUGCUUAGUGCACCUUAAAGAAGCACUUGUAAGACCACAUUGGUUCAUUGGUUUAUUUAGACGAGUGGAAAAAGAGGAAUUAGGUUUGGCAUUAUUGAUUACUGCAUGAAGUAUUGUUAUAUUUGGGCUGUAAAACGUAUUGUUGACAUGGUCUCAAUAAAGUAUUUUUGAUAGACAUAUA